AUGAAAGGGAGGCUUGUCGCCACCCUGGCGGCUACAAUUGGCUGCGGAUGGCAAAAUGGGACGGGGAUAGGUCCGUCGUCUACUAUAUCGCAAUGCUAUGGCACAAAUUUCAGUGAGCGCUCAUGCAGACAGCAGUGCAGCGCUGCGUAUUUGGCAGCGACGUCGAGGAUUAAGGUCAGGAAUCGCGCGUCGCCUCUAGGAGCUGGAUGGGGAAGAACCGAACGCUAUUGCUGGAAUGAAGAUGUGCAACAUGUGGUCGUAUCGGCGGCCGUACCACCAACUGUAUCCGCAGACGACAUCGACGUCACCAUCCAUAGCAACUCGCUGCACGCAUCGAACAAGAAAGCGCCGAUUCUACCCAUAAUAAGCGGUAAUACGAAGGGUAGCAUCGAUGUCGAUGGAAGCUUCUGGACGCUCGAGGAAGAACGUGGGAUUCUGGAACUGAAAAUCACACUUAAAAAGGCAGAAAAACAUGCUGGAGAUUGGUUCGGUGUAAUCAGAAAUGAGCGGGUACAACAACAGGCGUAUGAGCCAGUCGACCACCGUGAUGCCGGCGUUACCAAGGCACAGAGUUUAGAACCCAAAGGCGUCUUCUGGCAGCGCACGUUCACAACAAUCGACGCCCUUCAACUGGAAGAUAUGUUCGUAAGGUGGAUGAGCCGUGAACAGUCGGAGACGACGGAGUUUGGCAAGCCCAAGCUGCCAUUGAAUGUCGCAUACGUGCAAGAAAGCGGCGGUGGGAAGGUCGUGUACCAAACGGGUAACCUCGAUCUGGACGAGUAUCUGCAGGUUGUCAUCGUACCGGUGAUCACCGAGGAAAACAAACAUGCCGGAGGUGGGGCGCAACUCACCUUCGUCAACAGUCCAACUACACGAAUUAUAUCGGGGCAAAUGGGAGUCGAACAGGCCGAGAGAACCAUCACUGCGCUAAAUACACUAAUUCAAACUUUUGAAAGAGAUGUGCACAAAAUCGACGGCCUGAUAAAAAAUCGACAGCAACAGAGCGAGUCUUUCGACUACAUGGGCAGCGCAGCUUACGUCCAUACCGAUAACCUGGAGAGUUACGCGAAGUAUCACGAGGAAUUGAGAUCAUUAUCACCACAGAAUGCAGCCAAUUAUGAUCCAAAGCGCGUCUUUAAGGACGAUGAGGCGGGGGUCACGAUAGACUGGAACCCGACGGAUGACCCGUCGCAUGUCCCACAUGAGCAAAAUGAAGAAAAGAAAAAGAUACUCAUCAACAAGCUAACUGAGGCCAUCAAGCACACAAAAAGGCCGCAACCUCAGGAAACCGUCAAGCAGCUGGUAAACAAUGUUCGACAGUCAUUGGCGCUCAAUGAUGUGGAAUACGAGCAACUAAUGCAGAAGGCCGACGAACGCAUAAACAGGGAAAACGCUUUGAUCGCAGAGAAGCAAAAGAUUUUCAGUCAGAUGAAAUCUGUUCCCUCGCUAAGCGAAGCACAGCCAUCGAUUGAGGAGAUCGUUGCGGAAAUGUCGCAGCCGAAAAGCAAGGACACGUUCGACAUCGCCAUGGCGCACCCGGAGAGGAGCAUGCUGGCCAAAAAAUACGCAACCCUCUCCAGCGUCCAAAAGGAACAGCUAAGGCGUCGCUGGAAAACAAACGAGAAACGCCUUAAAUUGCUCAUCACCGAGCUCCUGCAGGCGCCCCCGGAAAAGUGCUCUACGUUAUGCAACACUUACACGGAUUUGUUAAUUUCAGAAGAUUACCCGACCCUCAUGCGGAGUUAUCUCUGUUUCAACGAAGUUAAGGAGAAUCACGAGAAAGAGCGGCUGGCGUUCCUCAACGAGUUUGUCGUUAGCCUCUACAAGGACCAAAAGAUAUACCUCUUGCACGACGAGAAGAUGCAGUUGCAAAAAAUUAAGCAGAUCAUCGUCUGGGCGCGCAACAACUUCGAGAGUCUAAACGACCUUGUUAUGAAUAACAAGCAACAGUAUGACACCAACUUCAUGAGUUACCUCAACUUGGCCAUCUCCAAGGAAGUUGAACGCAUUAGGGAGGAACAUGGGGAUGAGUCUCUGGACAGCGGAGCCGCCAAUCCUCAGGCGCAACCGUGGCUAUGCGUGCUCACAAUCAUACAACGAGCAAUCAAUUCGAUCGCCAAGGCCGACAUGGCCGAAGAUCUCAAUUUCAUCACUACUAUUGUCUCGUUCGACGAUCCAAAAGUGCGCAGCUACAUGCUGGAGUUCAUACUGGCCACCAUGCCACGAUCAGACUGGAAAGGCUUCAAGGACCUCAUCAUGUCAGCCAGCGAGUCGCUCAUACGCAAGCCGGCAAACGAAAGGGACGACCUGGAGCACACGGAGCCGCACUUCGUGGAGGCGGUCAUGCAACUGCGCGAAGAAGUGGAGAAGAUGAUACCGGACUGGAUCAUCGACGAAUUGCUCUCUGAGGAAGAUAGAAACUUCAUGAUACAUAACAACAGACAGAAGAUUCCACUGUUACAACUGGAUCUCGAACCCAAGCAACACGUGGAGGUCGCCACACAGCUGCCAGAUGCCGGCAGAAUGCCGACGGAAAAAACACCAGUGUUACCACUGAAACCGACCUAA